GGAAUGGAGAGAAAGUUUAUAGAUGUUAAUGGUGUAAGAUUAUGUUAUGGUGAAAAGGGCCAGGCGUCUGGAUCUAGACCAACUAUAUUAUUAAUACAUGGUUUCUCAGCAGAUCAUUAUAUGUGGGCUCCAGUUGCUCAGAGGAUACCAGGUGAUUAUCAUGUGAUAGCAGUGGAUCAGCCUGGACAUGGUGGAAGUGAUGAUCCUCAUGAAACAGAAUCUAUCUGUUAUUAUGGUCAGGUUAAAAAACUCUAUGAGUUUAUACAGCAUAAGAAACUAGACAUGGAGAAGAAACUACAUAUAGUUGGGUUAUCUAUGGGAGGAACUAUUGGUGGUUUAUUUGCUGCAGAAUAUCCACAUCUAAUACAUAAAGUAACAAUCUGCUGUCCAUCAAUGCAGACGCCAUCAGCCAGUAUUUUUGUUCAGAAAUUAAAAGAUUCAGUAGAUGAGAAGGGAGAAGAUGAAGGAAUAUUAGCUUGUGGUUUAUUACCUCAAACACCAUCAGAACUACAAAAUAUGUUAAACUUAAGUCAUUAUUAUCCACAAACAUUACCUCAACAGAUUUUACAAGGAGCAGCAGACAUGAGGAAAAAGAGAAAUGUAUUUUUUUUAAAACUAUUUAGAAGUAUUGCUGAGAAAUCCUCAACAUUAGUAGAUAAUAUACAUCGUAUUCAGUCACCAGUACAAAUUAUCUGGGGUAAAGAUGACAGUAUUAUAGAUGUAUCAGGUUUAGAAGUAUUAAAAGAAAAGUUAACAGACUGUAAGAGUGUAGAAGUGAUAGAUUCAUGUGGACAUGUGAUUACUAUAGAUCAGCCUACAGUAUUUACUAAACAUUUAUUAGAAUUUCAUCAUAUUUAA